UGAAAGCUAUUCGGUUUGAUUUUUAUCAUUAUUAUGCUGCCUCUUUGCACAAUUAUUAUAUGUAAUUAAUUUUAGAAGACAGAAGUUACUAUGUUGUGGCUAAUAUUGUGAAUUUGUAAACCAUUUAACACUUUCUGGCAAGAACGAGGUUUGGUACAGUACAAUCAUUUAUGUACUGGCAUUAACACAGACACAUACAACCACUGCAAAUGUUUAAUGGUCAAAGUACAAGCAUGUCUGGCUUAUAAUUACCAACCUCUCAAAUAACAAUAAAUACUCACUAGAGAAGCCAGACUUUUUGUAAUAACACAGAAAAGACUUAACUCCGAUCAUUAAAAAGUAUGAAGUUUGACGAUCUACUUACUGAGAUCAAUGGCUUUGGUAGGUUCCAGAUGAUUAAUAUCUGCAUCAGUUUCAUAGGGAGAUUUACUCUUCCCUGUCAUUUCCUACUGAGCAACUUUAUCACUGCCAUCCCGUCUCACCACUGCAACAUCAGCCAUGCUGAUGCUGAUGUGAUCUUUUGGAAUCUGACUCAGGAGGAGAGACUGACUGUCAGUAUUCCAGCACAGGAAGAUGGCACUCUUGCUUCGUGUCUCAUGUUCUCUCAUCCUCAGUUUCACCUGCUGUCAAACUCAUCCAACACCACAGAUCUUCCUGUAGUUCAGUGUCAGAAUGGAUGGGAGUAUGAUAACAGUACAUUCACCAGCACUUUGGCCACACAGUGGGAUCUGGUGUGUGAUAAUACAGGGCUGAAUAAAGCAGCUGCCACUGUCUUCUUUGUUGGGUCAAUGUUUGGGGCUGUACUAUUUGGAGACUUGAGUGAUAGAUUUGGGCGUAAACCAACGCUGCUGUUGUCGUAUUUAUCAGGAAUGUGUUUUGCAGUGGCCAGCGCUUUUUCAUCCUCCUUCAUCAUGUUUGCAGUAUUGAGAUUUUUCACUGGAUUUACCAUCACUGGCAUCAUUACAAUCUCAUCUGUACUCAAUGUGGAAUGGGUUGACAUUCAGAACAGAAGAAUGGUGCAUGUGAUUGACAGCUUGGGUUGGACUUUUGGGAUCACCGGUUUGUCUUUAAUUGCAUUCUGUGUGAGAGACUGGAGAUGGUUGACAGUGGCCAUCACUUCACCUGUACUUCUGAGCACAAUCCUCUGGUGGUGGGUUCCAGAGUCAGCUCGAUGGCUGAUAGUCCAUGGAAAGACCCAAAAAGCUCAUUAUUAUCUACAUAGAUGUGCCGUUAUGAAUCGUAGGGAUAACGUUAGUGCAAGCAUCCAACCUGAGGCUCUCUAUAGCAUUAUUGUAACAGAUACAGAAAAGAAAAUGUUUUCUUACCUGGAUCUCAUCAGAACCCCUAAAAUGAGGAGACUGUCUUUGUUUACAGGGACCAUAUGGCUUUGUGUUGCUAUUGCCAACUAUGGAAUAAGCCUUAACAUUACAGGCUUUGGUCUUGACAUAUACAUGACUCAGUUUGUGUAUGGAGCCAUCGAGAUUCCUGCUAAACUGAGCAUCUAUUAUCUGCUUGAAAAGAUUGGCAGACGCAAAACAUUUAUCUUCACUCUGCUAUUGGCAGGAAUCAGUCUCAUGAUAAACAUAUUCAUGCCCAGAGAUCAGUGGGUUGGUCGUACUGUGGUAGCUAUACUGGGAAAAGGUUUUUCAGCUGCUGCCGUAGCUACUUUUUUAUUAUACAGCUCUGAGCUUUACCCUACUGUUCUCAGGCAAAAUGGGUUGGGUUAUAACUCCUUCUUGGGUCGUCUGGGUGUGGCUUUGGCUCCUGUGGUCUUGCUUUUGGACAGUGUUUGGGGGUAUCUCCCUCAGAUCACCCUCUGUUCUGUGGCACUCGUUGGUAGUUUCGUGGCUUGGCAGUUACCUGAGACACGAGGAAAGUGUCUACCUGAGACUAUAGAGGACAUUGAGGGUACAAAGAAAAAUCCCAUUAAACAUUAUGAAAAACAGGAUGAAGCUGAGAAAGUUACAACAAACGAAAAAUGACAAUUGCUGAAAUGUUAUUUCAGUAGCCCUCCAGUUUCUGUCUCUUCCAAUCCUCCGCACCCUAAAGGUUUGAACAACUGAUGUUUUUACUGCUCGUCUAAACUCUUUAUCACCAAAUGACCCCUGUCUUUCAUCAGAGUGACCAAGACUUAAGCACUAUUCGGACGGGAUUAGUUUUCCAAACGACGUUUGAGUUUCAACGUGUCCCCCACGACGUCUGUGAUUUUAUGUACCGAUUCGGACGGGAUUAAAAUUCGCAUGCUAUUCCAGAGAUGGGAGUGUCUGUUUCAUGCAUUUGGCCAUUGCAGAAGAUCACGUGCUCUGGAUACACGUGUUUGUAAUGUUUGAUAUUUUGCUUUAAAUGUAAAAUUAUUACAGAACAUGUAAUUUAUUAAUUUAACUUUAACAAAUUAAAAGAACUCAUACAAAUCCUACUAAAGUAGCCUACGUAUUUUAAAUAACUGGCUGCUUAUAAUAAACCCAAAGAAAUAAAGAAAUAAUGAUUAAUAACAAUUUAUUAUCUUUAUUAAUUAACAUUACCAUUCCGGAGUUAAUAAGGUUGGGUUUACCUUAUACUAAUGCUGCAGGUAGUCAAACUUGUGACUUCAAACCCGUGAAGUCGUACUAGAUCGAUGUACUCCCAGUUCAGAGUCGUGAGUCAUGGUUUUGAAGUUGUUAGGUUGCCUGGAACACGGCAUAAUAUUACAGUGGCCAGUCUUAACAGUGUUUAAUAUUCAGCUCGUCUUGAUUUUAGUUAUUUUAUUUUGCUGAUUUGAAAAAACAUCCAUAUCUGAAUGAACUCAGGAAGUACAAUAUAAGCGCAUUAAUGAGACCUUACGGCAUAUCACGUUACCAAAACACGACAAGAACCGCAUUUUCAAAAGAUAUUGCGGGCAAACACAGACAUUUGCAUCCGGACGGGAUUGAAUUUCUCAGAGGACCUCUGAGUUCGGCGAAAAACAGUAGGUAAAUUAAUACUGUAAUCAUAUUUAAAUUUCAAUAUAUGCUUGUUUAAAUACCUAAGUCUUUGUUUAAGUUUUUAAAGCAUUUUUGUGUGUGUACAUUUCAGAAUUGGCACAUCCAUUUCAGAGAAAAUUAAUGUCACAUCCACAAUGUUGAUUCUUCCACAUUCUCAUAUAUGCAGAUACAAAAAUUAAGCCUAAAAUAAAUAUUAUUCUCUGAAUAGCCUUCCUUUCUUUAUUUGGUGGGUAUUAUUGCAUUGCCUUUUAAUUCACAGAAUUCCUACAAAUGUGUCUCCCAAAAAUGUCUGUCCUUUUUCCUGUUAUUUUUCCCUCAUCUUAAAUAGAAAACUUGUUAACAGAUUGAUAUUUGGUCUGAUAUCUACACUCUUAUCAUCAGUGGUUUAGUAUAAAAAGAUGAUUUAAUGCAUUGAAUGCAUUCUCUGUGAGUUUAUAUUUCAAGUUUUGAAUGUCACAUCCAUAAUGCUGAAAUUGCUGUAGUCAUUUUUAUUAGAAUAAGUAACAGAAUUGUUAUGUUAAUCCAUAACCACCACCAGAGUGUAAUAAUUGAAAGAAGAAAUGUUUGAUGGAUUUAUUUGUCUUAAGUUGAAAUUCUGAGUUAUUUGCCCUGUUCAAGAAUACAGGGAUAGAGUUUGAUCAGUUCCUGGCUCCUUCAAACUUUCUGUAACCAUAUAUCCACCGAGCGUAAACGAAUUGUGCAGUUUUAUUAACAAAACAACAUGAACAAACAUAAAACAUGGCAUGGCAAGAGACCCCAGUAGAUACAGGUACACUAAACAAAGCUAGACAAGGGCAAUGGGAAACAAGAGAAGUAUAAUUUUAAUGUAAUAAAUAAUAAAUAAUUUAGAAGUAUAACUUUUUAGUAAUUUUGGGCCGUUUUCAAACUGGGAUUAGGCAUUUUUAAUCAUCCAAUCAAAAAGUAUGGAAGCCCUGAAAAGCCAUACAUCAUUAUUUUUUAAACACCUAUUUCAGUUUGAAAACGCCCAAAAAUUGGGAAACACCUCUUUUUGUUCCACAGAGACCCCAGUCUCGAACAAGAAGGCUUAUAUACUAACAUGGAACCAAAACAUGACACGUCAGGAAAUAAGGAAACAAGAGACAACCAUGACAGGGAAGACUUUCAAAAUAAAAGACGUGAACAUGGAACAGAGAACUUCCAAAUAAAAGACAUGAACACUGAACACAACACAAAAUGUCAUUCUCAAACUUUUACAUUAUUUUAUUAUUAUUUACUUUACAUUACUUUCAAAUAAAGAAAAUGUUACUUUGCACAUAACACUGUAAAAAAAAGUUUAAUCAAAUUGGUUAUGUAAUUCAAUCAAACCUACUAUUUUAGGUUUUUGACUAUUGUAUUUAUGUAGUUGACAUAACUUAUAAACAAGUUGAAAUUAUUUAACUUAAAGAUAGAUAUGAUUUUUUUUACAGUGUAUCUAAAUUAUAUUACCUAAUGUGUUUCACAGCAGUGACAGUCCCACAAACAUUUAGAUGUGCAACUGGAGUUUCCAGGAUAGAAUUAAGCAUCACCUGCUUUUUAAAAAUUGAGAAUUAAUCAGAUAUAAUUGUACAGUGCAAAAAAUCCCACAUGGGCCAUAUAAUGCACUCCUUAAUGCUUUGACUAGAAUUGAAUUAAAUCUCUGUGAUGACUGUAGACGAAAAUGUGGAUAUUGCUUCCAAAGUGCAAUAUUAAUUAUUAACCAAUAUUCUGGACUGUUUCCAAGUGUUUAUGUUUAUUCAAAUGUGUCUUUGAUAUUUUAUAUUAUUAGCAAUGUAUAGAAAAGGAAAGAAAAA